UCUAGCCUGACAGAUCUGUCAGUGAAAAGAGUUCUGAGUUAGAAGCGGAGACACGCGGGCUCGAGGGGCAGACAGUCGAUUUGCUGAGACCUUUUUUUCCUACCGGAGCGACCAUCGUUGUUUGUGUGAGACUGUGGCCAUGUCGGCUGACGGACAGGGCAACGCGUCAAAGGAAGUGAAGACUGAGAGCGUGUCGCUGCAUCCUCUGGGCACAGCAGCUGCCCCUGAGCCGGAGCUGCUGUGUAUCUUGGGGACGGGGGACUUGGGGCGCUCUCUGGGCCUGCGCCUGCUGCAGUCGGGCUACAGGGUGGUGUACGGCAGCCGCAGACCUCACAGCUGUGGCCCCUUGCCUCAGGGAGCUCAGGCAAAGGGCCACGAGGAAGCAGCUCAGUCAGCUGCUGUGGUUUUUAUUUGUAUUCACAGAGAACACUAUGACUUCCUGGAGAAACUUGCACCUCAACUCAGGAAUAAGGUGCUCGUGGAUGUCAGCAACAACCUCAAGAAGAAUUUAUACCCAGAGGCCAAUGCUGAGUAUUUGCAGAGGCUGGUUCCUGGAGCUCAUGUGGUGAAAGCAUUUAACACCUUGUCCGCCUGGGCCUUGCAGAAUGGACCCUCAGAUGCCAAUAGACAGGUGUACCUGUGUGGAAACAGUGAUGAGGGGAAGCAGGCAGUAGCAGAGGUGGCCACCAAACUGGGCUUCACGGUUCUGGAUAGAGGGUCUCUGUCAGCAGCCAGAGAGCUGGAGGACUUUCCCCUGCAGCUUUUCCCAGAGUGGAGGCUGCCGCUACGCGUGGCCGUCGGCCUCACCGCCUCGUUCUUCUUCUAUGUGCUCAUCAGAGAGGUCGUCUACACAUACAUUGACCAGGGAAAGGACAUGUCCUUCAGGAUCAUGGUGUCCCUAGCCAACAGGGUGUUCCCCAUCGUGUCUCUCAUCAUGUUGUCUUUGUGUUACGUGCCUGGUGUCAUAGCUGCCCUUCUUCAGCUCUACAGAGGAACCAAAUACAGGCGUUUUCCUGACUGGUUGGAUCGCUGGAUGCUGUGCAGAAAACAGCUUGGGCUGGUAGCUCUGGGCUUUGCUUUUCUACAUGUGAUUUACACCCUCAUCAUCCCCAUAAGAUAUUAUGUGAGAUUCAGGUUAUCUGCAAGUACCAUCUCUCAGAUCAAGGAGAACAGAACGUCAGUGUUUGACACCACCAUGGCCUGGCGUGCUGACUCGUACUACUCUAUGGGGGUUCUGGGAUUUGGCCUGUUUCUCCUGUUGGGAAUAACUUCUCUCCCUUCCGUCAGCAAUGCUCUCAGCUGGAGAGAGUUCAGCUUCGUACAGUCCAAGCUGGGAUACCUUACCGUGUUCUUCUGUACCUUUCACACCUACCUGUACGGUUGGGACAAGUUCCUUCAGUCCUAUGCCUACAAAUGGCACACCCCUCCAGCCUACUUACUCUCUUUGGUGGUGCCCUCCGUGUUGAUUGUGCUGAAGCUGCUGCUCCUCCUGCCCUGCGUCGACCGCAGCCUCACCCGCAUUCGACAGGGCUGGGAGAGGAGAGAUCCAGAGGACGCGAGUGCGAGAGCACUGCUCACAUGAAGACUGAAAUGACACACACAAAACAACGGGGCAAGAAAACGCAGACACAAUGGCCAUUGGCUUUUCAAAGUCCACAGGUAACCCAGGCUCACUGUUUAAGAGGUCAAAGAUCCAAGAACCUGCACUGGCAAAGAGAAAGGAUUGAAACUCCUUGCCGGCUCUCAUUGGGUAAUCUUCUUGCAGUUGUUUAAUUUUGUGAAUAGUGUAUGACACAAUGACACCGUGUAGGCUAAUUAAGUACCCUCGAAAUACAUAUAUACUCAAUAGUAUUGCAGGCACACAGCAUUCCAAUACCAGUCAUUCAUAAUUUCACAAAUACAAAUGUACAUCCAGAAUAUUUACAGUCCUUAACUGACUUUGUUGCAUUUCACGAAACAUCAGAAGCAACAGUUAGACAUUAUUACUCAAGAGUUUCUCUUCAACCUUCCUCUACAGUAUAUGGAUUUAUAUUCUUUAUAUUGUUUUUUAAAUCGUUAUUAUUGGAUCUUUCUUAUUAAUGUUGCUGUAUGGCAAAUUGAACAAUUGUUAAAUAAACGCAAGCGCGACUAAACACAAAUGUCAUGCCUCCCUUUUCUCU